UGCACGAGUCGCAUUGUCAAAUUUCAACAGAGCGCUGUGAAAAGCGGCACGAAAAGUAAGCGGUUCGAAUCGACAGAUAGUAAAGUUUAUUUGGACAACUUCUGAGCAUAAUCAAACUGUUAUUAUUCCGAGCGCUACAUAUCAAAAACUCAAAUUUAUCGGUUGCAGUAUUUAUAACUUGUAUUUGAGAAGUCAACUGAAUUUUUCCAACCGCGUUUCUAUUUUUAUGCUCUCAACACUCCACCGAUCUUUCCCGCCAAAUUGAAAUUACGUAUCAAUAAAGUGACUUACGAAGCAAACAAACAUAUCUAGAGGCAGUAUAUAAGUAAAUUUGCGGAAACAUUCCAUUUCGACGGCUACCAAGUGAAAUAUAGAAAAAUGUCGCACUACGUAAUUGAUAUUCGUUCGGAUACGGUAAGUCAGCCGACAGCGGAAAUGCGCCAAGCCAUGUUUGUGGCCGAAGUGGGUGACGACGUUUAUGGAGAGGACCCGACGGUAAAUGCAUUGGAGCAGAAAACGGCCAAGUUGUUCGAAAAGGAGGCAGGUCUCUUCGUGCCCAGUGGCACCAUGGGAAAUUUAUUGGCUUGUAUGGUGCACUGUCAUCAGCGUGGCUCGGAAGCAAUUGUGGGUGAUUUAUCUCAUAUCUACCUCUAUGARCAAGGUGGCGCUGCUCACAUCGCUGGCGUACAAUUAGCCACAAUACCCAACAAAGUGGACGGCACAUUCUGCCUUGAAGCGCUGCGUCGCAAGGUGCGCUUGGAGGACGAUCACGAGCCAAUUACGUCGCUUAUAGUGGUGGAGAACACACACAACAUAUGCGGUGGCAAGGUGAUUCCGCUGGAGUGGCUCGAUAAACUGGCAGAACUAGUUAAUGACGAUAAACAGCUGCAACCCUACGGCAAGCGUAUUGCGUUGCACAUGGAUGGGGCGCGCGUCUUUAAUGCGGCCGCAGCGUUGCAGGUGCCUGUGGCGCGUAUUGCGCGCGAUUUCGAUUCGGUGAAUAUUUGUUUGAGCAAAGGGCUGUCGGCGCCGGUGGGCUCAGUGCUGGUGGGAUCGGAGGCUUUCAUUAGGCAAGGGCGCCGCCUGCGCAAGGCUCUAGGAGGUGGCAUGCGUCAGGCAGGUAUUUUGGCGGCAGCCGGCAUUGUGGCCUUGGACACCAUUGUUCCGCGUUUGAGGGAGGAUCAGCAGAAGACUCGACGCAUAGCAGAAGCCAUUCACAAAGCCAAAAGUCCCAAUGUCACCGUCGAUUUGGCGACGGUACAUACAAAUAUUCUGCUGAUUCAUCUGCCGAAUGCGAAAUUCGGCGCCACAGCGUUCGCCAAGCGCUGUAGCGAAGUGACGCCCGAGGAGCUCGCCGCCGGCGUGCAUGCCGCACACAAGGAGCAGGGUAUUAAGCUGAAAGUGAGCGCACGCGAUUGGCAAUUCGCUCGAAUUGUGUUGUACCAUCAGAUCASCGAUGCGGAUGUCGAUUUGGUAAUCAAGAAAUUCAAUUAUAUAAUACGAGAUGUGGACGUCAUAUUGGCAGCAUAACUGUCAUGUGACAUAAAAGUGAAAUAAGACAUACAUACUUACUUUGGAUUUCUUUAAACGUCGUCUAUACAUAAAUGCACAAGUUCUCGUUGGAUAGAAGGCAUUCCAAUUCAUUUCACUAUGUAUACACACUAAACCACUUUAAAUAAGUCAUUUAUUAACCCAGAAAGUAGAAAUGUUUUUAUUUUUUAUUUUUAUAAAUAAAGCAGAGGAUUGUACAGAAUAAUAUA